GUCAUUUUCUGAAGAUAGUAAAAUUUCGUUCUUUGUGAAAUUCUUAUUUCACUUGGUUCGCGGGAUUUCAAUCUUUAUCUAUGGCCAAUUGCAUUAAAGAUUGAUUUUAGAUAUAAUAGUAUAUUCUGACAUUGCGAGUUCUUUGAAUUUGAAUCUUUGUUCGUACGGUAAAUAAGAAACAUGUGGGAUGAUGAUUGUGAUGUGCAGCCUUCAGAAAAUAAUUUUUCUGGAAAUGGUUUUGGAAACUCUGCUACCAAUGGCUUUUUUGUUGGAAGAGGACGUGGUUUUGCAAACAUGUCUUCAAUAGGGAAAUCCUUGCCCCAAGUUGGUUCUGAAUCAAAUGGUGUGAAGUCUAAUCAAUCUGGAUGGGAAGAUGAUUGGGAUGAAAGUCCAUCAACUAACAAUCAGAGCUCUUGGAAUGAUCCACCAUCUUCAAAUAAUGAAAGUUCUUGGAAUCAAAGUAGUAAUUAUCAAAGCUCUAAUAAUUACGAUUCUCGACCCAAUAGAGACUAUUCAUCCCAAACAUCUUUCUCAAAGAGAGGUGGUCUAAAUGGAAAUUCUAAUUUCAACAGAAUUUCUAAAGGUGGUGGUGGAAGUGGUAAAGGUUGUUUCAAUUGUGGAGAGGAAGGACACAUGUCAAGAGAUUGCCCCACUAAAAGAAGUGGUGGUAAUAGUGGUUCAAGAGGUGGAGCUUGUUAUAAAUGUAAUGAAGAAGGUCACAUGGCCAGAGACUGCCCAAAUUCAGAAAGUACAGGAAGAUCUCGAGGAGGUGGUGGUAGUUCUUGCUAUAAAUGCAAUGAAGAAGGACAUAUGGCACGAGAUUGCCCAAAUGCAGAGAGUGGUGGGGGAAGGUCUAGAGGAGGGGCUUGCUACAAAUGUAAUGAAGAAGGACAUAUGGCUAGAGACUGUCCAAAUUCUGACAACACUGGACGAUCUCAAGGAGGAGGUGGUGGACGAGGUUCUUGCUAUAAGUGUAAUGAAGAAGGGCACAUGGCCCGAGACUGUCCGAAUUCAGAAAGUGGUGGAAGAUCCAGAGGUGCUGGAGGAGCAUGUUUCAAAUGUAAUGAAGAAGGUCAUAUGGCCAGAGAUUGUCCUAAUUCUGCAAGUAAUGACAGGCCAAGAGGAGGAGGAGGUGGGACCUGUUUCAAAUGUCAAGAAGAGGGACACAUGGCUCGUGAUUGUACAAAAGAAGUUCUUGGAGAAGAUGGUAAACCAAAACCACCUCCAUACAUUCCUCCGGAUCCUUCUGACGAUGCUGACAGUUUGUUCCAAGGUGUUCCUACUGGAAUAAAUUUUUCAAAAUAUGAUGGCAUUCAUGUGGAUGUUUCUGGAGCAAAUCCACCACCGCCAAUAGACUCUUUCGAAAAUUCUGGUUUAAACCAGCAUUUGUUGAGCAACAUUAUACAUUCUAAAUAUAAAAAACCUACACCAGUUCAAAAAUAUGCCAUUCCCAUUAUUUUAAAGAAACGUGACCUCAUGGCCUGUGCACAAACUGGUUCUGGUAAAACUGCAGCUUUCUUAAUUCCUAUAGUAAACGAUUUAAUUAUGGAUCAAAAUUUGCCAAAUAAUGCUGAUCAGAUGACUCAAGAACCUUUAGCCAUAGUUGUUGCUCCUACCAGAGAAUUAGUUAUACAGAUAGGCUUAGAAGCUCGCAAAUUUUCUUAUGACAGCACAAUAAAGGCUGAAGUUUUAUAUGGCGGAACAUCUACCAGUUACCAGUCAAGUAGAAUUAAAAGGGGAUGUCACAUACUUGCUGCUACACCUGGUCGUCUUUUAGAUUUUGUUGAUAAAGGAAAGGUAUCUUUCUCGCAACUUCGAUAUUUAAUACUUGACGAAGCAGACAGAAUGUUGGAUAUGGGUUUCAGUCCUGCUAUCCGAAAAAUGGUUGAGCAUUCUUCCAUGCCACAAAAAGGAGUUAGACAAACUCUUAUGUUUAGUGCAACAUUUCCUGAAGAAAUUCAAAAAAUGGCUUCCGAGUUUAUGCAUAAUUACUUAUUUUUAACUGUUGGUAUAGUAGGAGCUGCUAACGCUGAUGUUGAACAAACUUUUUUUAAAGUCCAGCAAUAUGAUAAACGCCAAAAACUCUUAUCACUUUUGAAAGAAUCUGGAACUGACAGAACUCUGGUAUUUGUUGAACAAAAAAGAAAUGCUGAUUUUAUUGCUUCUCUCUGUUCACAGUCUAAUAUUCCUACUACAAGUAUCCAUGGUGAUCGCCUUCAACGUGAGAGAGAAGAAGCUCUUAGUGAUUUCAGAUCUGGUAAAAUGCCUGUACUUGUAGCAACAGCUGUUGCUGCUCGUGGGCUUGACAUCAGAGAUGUAAGGCAUGUCAUAAACUAUGAUUUACCCCAAACAAUAGAUGAAUAUGUUCAUCGAAUUGGCCGAACGGGUAGAGUUGGUAAUCUAGGUAAAGCUACUAGUUUUUAUGAUCCUGAUGUUGACAGGCCUUUAGUUUGGUCAUUAAAGAAAAUUUUAAUUGAUGCACAACAACCAGUUCCUAGCUGGUUAUCAGAAGAAGCUGAUCUGGCUGGUGAUUCUUCUGUACAGUUUAGUGGAAGAGGUGGUUUUAGUGGUAGAGAUGUCCGUAAUAAAGGAAGAGGUAGACAAAUAAACGCUGAUAAUGCCUUUGAUAAUGUAUCAAGUGGGCCUACAUCUACUUUCAAUGAUGCAGCUGGUGAUGAUGAUGGAUGGGAUUAAAGUAAAUUGUCACCGUGCUCAGAAGAUCUUGAUUUAAUUUGCUUUUAUUGUAUUAUAUGUAAAGAAAAGGCAAAUAUAUUUUCCAUUAGUGUUUCUGUGUAUGGAAGUUAUUUUUUGUACUGUUCUUGAAAAUUUCGUGUCGAAAUAAAACUGUUUCAUAUGUUU